CAACCAAGAAAAAAAAAGAAAAAGAAAUCAGCUCUAUAAAACCCCAACCAUUUUGCACCCUUUCUCAUCAAAGCAGAGGCGCGCUCAAUCUGCCUACUCCAGGUACUCACCAGUCACCACGCCUUAAACACCCUACAAUGGCGCUCGCUGCCCAAAAUUCCCUUCUUCUCAACAAAUCCUCCAUAAUCCCUCAAACUCAUUUCCUCACCAACCCCACUCCUUCAUCUCUCGUUCUCAGAUCCACCGCCAAACCCAUCUCCGCCGUCCACUCCCCCGAUCCCUCCAAUCCCAAGACCCCCAUUGCCCCCGCCGCCGCCGUCUCCACGUCGUCCGCUUCUACUACCGCCGUCGAGACCAAGUCGGCCCCCAAGAGAUGGGCGCUGGACAGCUGGAAGUCGAAGAAGGCGCUGCAGCUGCCUGAUUACCCCAAUCAGGAGAAUCUGGAUUCGGUCCUCAAAACCCUAGACGCUUUCCCGCCGAUCGUGUUUGCCGGAGAAGCCCGGAGCCUGGAGGAGCGGCUUGGCGAGGCCGCCAUGGGGAAUGCUUUCCUUUUGCAGGGAGGGGAUUGUGCUGAGAGCUUCAAGGAGUUCAAUGCUAAUAAUAUCAGGGACACUUUCAGGAUCCUGCUUCAGAUGGGCGCCGUUUUGAUGUUUGGUGGCCAGAUGCCUGUUAUCAAGGUGGGAAGAAUGGCGGGACAAUUUGCAAAGCCUAGGUCUGACUCGUUUGAGGAAAAAGACGGUGUGAAGCUGCCUAGCUACAGAGGAGACAAUAUUAAUGGAGAUGCAUUUGACGAGAAGUCCAGGAUUCCUGAUCCCGAGAGGAUGAUAAGGGCAUAUUGUCAAUCGGCAGCCACUUUGAAUCUCCUGAGGGCUUUUGCCACUGGUGGAUACGCCGCCAUGCAAAGGGUCACACAGUGGAACUUGGAUUUCACCGAUCAUAGUGAGCAGGGUGAUAGGUACCGUGAGCUAGCCCACCGAGUGGACGAGGCACUAGGAUUCAUGCAAGCUGCCGGGCUCACGAUGGACCAUCCUGUCAUGAGGACCACCGAAUUCUGGACUUCCCAUGAGUGUUUGCUUCUUCCUUACGAGCAAUCACUCACUCGCCUCGACUCCACCUCUGGCCUCUACUAUGACUGCUCGGCCCAUUUCCUCUGGGUUGGCGAGAGAACCCGACAGCUGGACGGGGCCCACGUCGAGUUCCUCAGGGGAAUCGCCAACCCACUCGGCAUCAAGGUGAGUGAUAAGAUGGAUCCGAAUGAGCUCGUGAAGCUCAUCGAGAUUCUGAAUCCUCACAACAAAGCAGGUAGGAUAACAAUCAUCACGAGAAUGGGAGCUGAGAACAUGAGGGUGAAGCUUCCCCAUUUGAUCAGGGCUGUCCGUAGGGCAGGACAAAUUGUGACGUGGGUUUCGGAUCCUAUGCAUGGCAACACCAUCAAAGCUCCCUGUGGUCUCAAAACUCGUCCAUUCGACUCUAUCAGGGCUGAAGUUAGAGCUUUCUUUGAUGUGCACGAGCAAGAGGGAAGCCAUCCGGGUGGAAUGCAUUUGGAGAUGACGGGCCAAAAUGUCACGGAGUGUAUUGGUGGAUCGAGAAACCUGACGUUCGACGAUUUAAGCUCAAGGUACCACACUCACUGUGAUCCUAGGCUCAAUGCCUCCCAAUCCCUUGAGCUCGCGUUUAUUAUUGCUGAGCGCCUUAGGAAGAGGAGGCUCGGCCGCAACUAAGAAGCUGUUCAAUGGCUAGUGGGAUUUCGUAAUUUGUUUUUCCUGUUUCUUGAGCGUAAUUUUUUUUUCUUUAAAUGUGUUGUAUGUAUGUGUGUCCUGCGGUUUGGAACAGUUCGAAGCCAGAAAUAAAUUUCUAUAAGAAAUAAAUUUCUAUUAUAUAUAUUGGUUUGGUGGUAGGUGUGUUUUGUAUCUUUUAUUUUGUGGAGGGCCAUUGGUGCAAAAAAGUUGGUGCAACCUGUUCACACUCCAGUUCCAACUUAUUCUUAUGUCAUAUGGGUUGGUUAUGGAAACUCUACGUCGUUCAUCUCUCUAUUUAUUUACAUACUUAUGUCGUUCGUCUCUAAAUCUCAAUGUAUUUACAUAUUUUUAUGAAGUUAGUGUUUUUCAGUUACAACUUACAAGCAUAGUAACUUUUAGUGUUUU